ACGUUGCACAAAUGUGUCCACCGCUCUGGGAUGGAUGACGACUUAGCUACGUGACUGAGAUAUAACUGAAACAAAAUACUUUCUGAUGCGGUCCGGUGAUCAAUUAAGGAGACUCGUAACUUUUUAAUCUUGAGCCAAGACACGCGUGGAGCGGGAAAGGCUUUUUGUUUAUUUUCUUCUGUUUGCAGUGGAAAAAACAGACCACUUCAUCCAACAUUCAGCACUGACUGAAUGAAAGUCAAUUCAUUGUUACCACAUGGAACCCAUUCCCUUUGGUUGAACAUAUGAAGACCCUUACCGACUAUUGUAACUGGAAAGAAAAAUAAUUGAUGUGUGACCAAAGUGUGGUGAUGCCAGGAGGUGACAGCGGACUACAUGGGGAGGAGCCUGGAUUGCCGUCAGCCACAGCGAACGGUGGAGAGGUGGAGCGGGAGUUGUCCGGGAAGCAGAACGGCAGGGAAACGUCCGAGCACCUCGGGGGUGAAGAAAGUGGAGUUUCAGGUGGAGAGGUGGGACAGGAAGAUGAAGAAAUGGCGAGUGGUUCACACGACCUGUGUUCAUCAACCAAUCACAGCCCUGGUAGUGCUUCGGGAUCCACCUCAGUUUCAGCUAAGAGCAGCGAGCAUGCAGAGGCUGGCAAAGGGCAGGACCACAGAGAGGUGAUGAAUGCAGUGGCUGAGAUGAAAAAGAGGCUUCCAUCAGACAAACGCAGCCGCAGCAAAGCCAGCACUGUGGAGGCCUUACAUUACGCGCUCAACUGUGUCAAACAAGUGCAAGCUAAUAGUGAAUACUACAAACUGCUCAUGCAAAAUGGGCAGGACGAGCGGAGAAAUGCCACUGUUUGCACCCUGGAAGAGCUGGAGAGAGUCACCUCAGAACACACCCUUAAAAAUACGGAUUCCUUCGUGGUGGUUUUCUCCCUGGCCAGCGGCCGCGUCCUCUACGCGUCUGAGCAGGCUCCCAGCAUCCUGUGCUGCAAGAGGAAGUUUCUGGAGUCCGCCAAAUUUGUGGAGCUGCUCUUCCACCAAGAUGUCAACGUCUUCUAUUCACACACUGCGCAACCCCAUUUGCCACCUUGGAGCAACUCCCACACAGCCGGCGUUUUGUUUGAUUGUGCCCAGGUCAAGUCCUUCUUCUGCCGAAUCAGGGGUGGGAAGGAUCGUGAGGGUGAGAUGCGUUACAACCCAUUUCGGAUAACACCCUACCAGCUGAAGGUGCAGGGAUCUGGGAGCAGUGGGGAGGAGGAGGAGCCGUGCUGCCUGGCAUUGGCUGAACGCAUCAUCUCUGGAUAUGAAGCACCUCGGAUUCCCAUGGACAAACGCAUCUUUACCACAACACACUCCCCUGGUUGUGUGUUUCUGGAAGUUGAUGACAGGGCCGUGCCUUUGCUUGGAUACCUUCCUCAGGAUCUGAUAGGCACGUCGUUGCUGACUUGCAUUCACCCAGAGGACCGCCCCCUCAUGUUGGCCAUGCACCGGAAAAUCUUGAAGCAUGCGGGCCAGCCUCCAUUUGAACAUUCUCCCGUGCGUCUGCGCUGUCAGAAUGGAGACUACAUCACCUUGGACACCAGCUGGUCCAGCUUCAUCAACCCAUGGAGCCGGAAGGUGGCCUUCAUCAUCGGGCGCCACAAAGUCAGGACGAGUCCUCUGAAUGAAGAUGUGUUUGCUGCUAAAGCAAAGGAGUUUGUUCCAGUAACUCACGAGGAAAUAAAAGAUCUUCAGGCAAAGAUCUAUAAGCUUUUCCUACAGCCCGUUCACAACAAUGGCUCCAGUGGUUACGGUAGUUUAGGCAGCAACGGCUCUCACGAGCACUACAUCAGCGUUGCAUCUUCGAGUGACAGCAAUGGCAACAUGUGGGAGGAUUCACACCGGGAACCGAUGACUUUACAGCAGAUCUGUGCUGAUGUAAACAGAGUGAAGAGUUGGGGCCAGCAGGCUUAUCUGGAUUCCAACCACAAAAUUGCUUUCCUUGGAAAACGUGUCGCAGCUCCUCUACCCCCUGCAGCCUCCAAUGCUGAGGUCAGAGAGCACGAAGCGAGCAGGAAGCAAACACACAUUCCCUCCUAUCAGCAAAUCAACUGUGUGGAUAACAUCAUCAGAUAUUUAGAGAGCUGUACAGGUCCAGCCCUCAAGCGGAAGAGUGAAUCUCAUUCCUUGGUUACCUCUUCUUCCUCAUCCUCUACCUCAGAAGAUGACAAGCCUGCAGGAGCCACUGACACAGCUCAGGAGAGUUCAGAUGCAGUUGUGGUGGAGACUGAGGUGUCAGUGAGCCCUCCAACUCCAGCUGUAGUCGGGGCACCUCUGACAGACAUCACCAUGUCUACUAAAGCCAUGAGUGUUGUCUCGGUCACCAGCCAGUGUUCAUACAGCAGUACCAUAGUGCACGUGCCACAGCCUGAGUCAGAAGCCACAGCACUGGAGGAUGCCCCGAUGGGCAGUGAGCCUGCUGAUCCUGCCCCAACCCCUAUCCGUCCAGCUCCGAGCCCUGCCGCAGAGGAAAGAAGGUUUGUUGGUCUCACCAAGGAGGUGCUGUCAGCUCACACCCAGAAGGAGGAGCAAGAAUAUGUGGAUCGAUUCCGCCAUCGCAUCCUUCAGAGCCCUUACAGCUCAUAUCUGCAGCUGGACAACAGCUCUUUGGCUCACUCCCACCACCCAGGAGACUACCUGCGUCCACUGAGUGCCGGAUGUUGGAAUCGUUCUCGAAAAGGGAAGCCAAGACACAAGCGUCCCAAACCCCAGGGUUCCUCAGACAGCUAUGCCUCCCCUCCUGAACCCGCUCGCCGUGUCCCUGACUCCUCAUGGCCCUCCUCAGAGUCCUCCCAGCCCCAGGUGGGAGCACCCUACAGCCAAACAUCUCCAGUCCAGGUGCCAUUCUUUCCUGUAAUGGGGAAGCCUGGCCCGGAGCAAUCACCCAGGACACAACAGCUGCCUGGAGCAGCUCCUGCGGGGCUCCAGCCUCCUGACCAGCUCAGCUACAACUUCAACAUAAUGCAACCUACUCAGAGCCUGCCAGGCAUGCAGCAAAUCCAAAUGGAGACCAUUCAGAAUGUUCAGAAUACCCAAAACUUUCACAACCUGCAACCCAUAGCUCCAACACAGACCUUCAACCCUUCUUUCAUGGCUCCAGUCAUGGCUGUCAUCCUGCCCAACUACCCCACUUUUACCCCAGGCUACCCAUCUAUUUAUCCACAGUCAGCUCAGUCUAUACUUCCCCAAAUACCCAUCACUAUGACAGGGUAUGCCCCUGUCAGUGCACCUUUCCCUCAGCCUCAGUUCCAGGCCCAGCCUGGUCCCCAUUCUCAAACAUCCCCAGGCCUUUUACUUUGCUCACCCAGAGCGAGUUCAUCUGUCGGCGAAGAAGAGGAAGCGGCUGGGCCUAGAGCUUUGUUCUCUAGUUCUCGCUCAAGUUCUCCACUGCAGCUCAAUCUUCUGCAGGAAGAACUCCCCAAACCGAGUGAAGGGCAGAGCAGCACCGGGCACAACCACGCCGAGAGCCUCCAUGAACAACAUGCCAAUCAGCGUGAUGUCCCAGGAGAGUCUGGCAACCAUGAUGCCCAGUCAACAUCCAGCGAGCUCCUUGACUUACUGCUUCAGGAGGACGCCAGGUCAGGGACUGGCUCCAAUGCCUCAGGGUCUGGAUCAGGGGAGUCUGGAGGCUCACUGGGGUCUGGAUCUGGCUCCAAUGGAACCUCUACUUCACACACUGGCAGCAGCAACAGCAGUAAAUACUUUGCCAGCAACGAUUCAUCGGACACGUCACGCAAAGCUCGUAAGAGCCAGGAGACCCUGGCAGAGCACAAACACACCUUUGAGAAUCAGUCGGAAAACUCCCUGUGGAGCAUGAUCCAGCACACGCCCGAGCGUGUCAUGAUGACAUACCAGAUCCACACCAGGGACCAGAACAAGGUUUUGGCGGAGGACAGGGAGAAGCUUCGAGUGCUUCAGCCCCUCCAGCCCUGGUUCAGCCAAGAGCAGAGAGAGGAGCUGGCUGAAGUCCAUCCAUGGAUCAAACAGCACGCCAUCCCACAGGAAAUAGACACACAGGGUUGUGUGAGCUGCAGCUCAGGUGCAGGCAUGUCCCACCCCACUCACCCGGCUGCACCUGACAGUUCCUCACCUCUGGAGAGCCCUCAGCACGACCCGAUCGGACCCGUGGUUGACACUUGAGAAACUCUGACCAGAAAUCACCCACCAUCAGGUUUACAGUGUGCCAGCCCUGUCAGGAACCUCAACAACUCUCACCGUGCAUCUCUUUUGACCAGUCUGAAGGAGUGGAUCCCUGUGCUUUAGUGUAAAAUCUAAUAUGUUUAAUAAAGGUAGCAGAGGCUGGACCAGGUCCUAAGGAACAGAGGAGGCGAGAGAUGGGCAUUUUCUUUCAGUCUGCUUAAUGUGGCUGUUCUUAUUGGACCAUGAAUAUUACAUUUUUCCUUUUAUGUGUUAAUAGAGCCCCCAAGGAGGGGGUUUAGGCUGUAUUUAAGACUGUUCAGAUCUAUGAACCAUAUAUGAAAAGUGCCCUGGGAUAAACAUGAGCACUGUGUGUACACCUGGUCUGUAGAACAGGAGUGACUGGCUGGGAAGAUGAAGACUGUGCUGGCCCAGAGUAUCAGAACAUACGUCAAACUCUUCUCCAGUAACACUGAGUCCAGGAUGUACAGUUUGUGUACUACAUCAGCUCCUUCGGUGACAUAAUUAACACAUUGUGAUUUUUUUUUUUUUUUUUUUUUUUUUUUUUUUUUUUAAAUUAAUUCCCCCCCCCACCGAGGGACACUAAGAUAAAAACAAAUUUGCUGCUUUUCUGUUUUAGGACACCCAGAUUUGAAUAUGGUGUUGUUACUGGAAUUUACACUCUUGUUCCGUAGGCUUGUUUCCUUCAAAGCGUUCUCAUCCCAGGGUAUCAUAUACUGUCGUUCUGGCAAUGCGGACAUAAACACAAGGUGUUCUUUGUGUAACUUGUACAGAGUAAUAAUAUCUGCUUUAGAAGGCUGUGGUUUGUGUCCUAUUUGAAAGCUUUGGAAACCAAAAAGUUCUUGGUUAAGUUUAGGUAAAGAUUGUGCUUUUGGGUUCUCAGCGUUAGCCCUACAUUGCCAUCAAGCAAACAGUACAAGCAACCGUAUUUGCUGAGCUGUGAGUGAAAUAUCCUUCUUACUUUUACCUGGUGAACCACAGCACAGACAGUAAAGGGCACCUUGUUGUAUCUGUGAGACACCAGCCGCUUUGACAGAACUCCAAUGUAUGACGUCCUGGGAAUAAGAAUGGGCCGUUUUCCUGUUCAGAGCAUCAGCUUCAGCAUUUUGAUCAUUUCAAAUUGAACUUGGUGCUAGAAGACACAUCUAGCCCGUUACUCAAAACUUCCUGUAGCAAGUCCUUUCUCCACCCACCUAUCCUGCCUGGUCAUCGCCCUGUAAUACCUGUAGCUUACCUCUUAAUUGUAAACAAACACAGUGUGGCCCCAAAUUUCCGCUCAUCUUGUGUUUACUAAGUAAAUGAAUUUCCUUCUAUACCCUGCAGCUGUCUGCCUGAUUGGAUGUAUGUUUGUAUGAAAGGGAGACCGGGAAGAACUAACCAGCCUGUUGUAGUUCUGUGAAUGUUUCUUUUCUUCUUCCUGUACUGAAUUUAAAUCACAGGCGAGCUUGUGGAUGUGUAAAAGUGUGCGUGCCGGCCGACUGCGAGCUGCUUCUUUCGAUACACUUGUCCAACAGUGCAAGCCAGACCGUGGUUUUCUACCGUUUUUAGAUUGAAAGUAUAUAACAGUAUCAUGUAUUUUAUAGGAAAUGUACACAAAAUGAACUUCACAAAGUGUAUAAAAAGCCAUUUGUCUUGAAUUCAGGGACUGUUUGUGACACAAAGGAAUGAAUAAAUGAGAUAAAACCUAAAUUGCA